AUGAAGUUCUUCGCCGCAGUCACUAUCAUUCCCAGCAUUGUCUCUGCGCUGACCAUUUGUGCGGCUCCGCCCCCGGCUCCAGGAAACAACUGGGACGUGUACGCUCAGGAUACAGCUCAGCUCAAGUCUCGUGGACUUUGCCGCGCUUAUGUUGGCAGGGACAAACCCGCCAAAGCCGUCUGGGGCGCCAACAUGUGCGCCGACUUUUGCGCACCGGCGCGGCAGCUGGCCCAGGACCAGAAGGUGUUCAGCAUCAUUUGCAUCGGCUCCGGACCUCCCCAGGGAGACUUCCCUGACCCUGAGGGCUACCGUUACGAUCUCGGACAGUGCAAAUGCAACGACCCUGUUAUCAACUGGAUUACCGAAACUGUCGUUGUCGAAGGUCUUCCCGCCCUUGGCUUGGUCACCUGCUCUGUUUUCAAAAUUGCUGUGACGGAGACUUUCGAUCUUCGUACGGGUGUUGCUCGCGGCGCACUUGGAACAUGCACGCAGACCUUGGCCAAGGUGGCGAAAGCACUCGUCAAGGCUGGAAAAGGAUCGUCGGAGGCUUACGUUAAAGAGCACCUUGCGGCUGGUGAUGCGUGCGAUUUCAGCGCUGCUAAGCUAUUCAACGACUUCGGCAAGCUCACAGACUACAACAUUGCCAACGUCAUGUAG